AUGACCUACCAAAGUAAUUCUAGAACAAAAAACUUUGACCGUUCUAUGGUAAAUAAUCUUGAAGAAAAAACAAACAUUAUAUACUAUACAGCAUUUAAACAAUUCCUUCAUACAAGUUGUAGAAAAGGUAGAAAUAAGCUAAAUAUGAAUAUUUUUAUGAUUAAUGUUCUUGUAGAACUUGAUUCUCGAAAUACAAAAGCACGGGAAAAACUUACAUAUCUUUCUAAACAACAAUUUUAUGAGUUAUCCACUGAUGUCUAUGAUGAACUUAUGCGUAGGCAAGCAAAAACUCUUGAUGCAUCUUUUUUAAUGCCAAAUGAAACAUUUCAUCCCAAACGGAAUCAGGCGCGACAGAAGUUGUCUACUUUAUCUAUAUCUCGAUUUGUAGAUUUGUUGGGGGAUGUAUCAUUUGAACUUGAACGGAGGUUUCCCGCAUUAGCAGAGAAUGUUACUGUUUUGAAGCACGAUGAGCUGCAUACUGGUCCGUAUUCUCAUUCUUUAUCUGAUACUACAAAUACAUUGUUAAAUUCAGGACUUCCAGCUCCAAAAACGUUUCGUUCGGAUACAAUUGUCCCAAAUAAAUCAACCAUGAUCGAAGAAGGUUCUGAUUUAGACGUUUCGCCUAUCAAGACUCCUACAUCGUUGAAUUCAUUUCGUAUCGAUAAUUCAACAUCUCAAGAAUUAUCGAGUUUAGAUAAAAAAAUUGAAAAUUAUAAUUUUAGAUUGAAGGAAAUAGACCAUCAAGAAAGUAAAAUAAAUAUCAAAAAAUCUGAUAACGAUAAAAGUGAAUUUAUAGACAAUGUACGAAAGAACGUGGUUCCAACGGAUUACGAAUAUCGCAUAGUUUCGUUGCAAAAUAAAAUUUUUUCUUUAGAAUGUCAACUUAAUGUUGUUAAUUCAAAGUUGUCCGAGUCAGAACAAGAACUUUUAGUUAUUAAAAAAACAUAUGAGAAAAGUAUUGAUGAUGAAAUACAAUUAAGAAAAACACUUGAAGUUAACUUGAAAGAACUUCAACAGUCUAAUAAAGUUUUAAAUGAAGAAAUACAAAUUCUUAAUAAAAAGCAAGAUAACUUAAAUAAAAGCAAUGAAAAAUAUCAAUUGUUGCUUUCCAAUUAUGAAAAACUUAAAUUAGAAAUGGAAGAGCAACAACGGGUUACAAAUAAUGUCAAACGUGAAGCUAAAGAAUUUCUUGAAGAAAUGAGAUCGUUAUCAGAGAAAGAAACAAGUUCUUGGCAGCAGAUCGGGACGCUGUCUAAACAAAUAUCUUUUCUUCAAGAUGAAGUCAACGAAUGGAAAAGUCAGUAUUCAAAAGCUAAAUCACAGCUUCAGAACUUAAAAGCAACAUCGUUAUUUUCUACUCAGUCUUUAAAACUUAAAGCAGAUUAUGAAAAUUAUAUUGAAGAUGACGGAAUAAUUAAUGAUACUUCUUUAGCUAAUUUUCAAGUUGCGAUAGAUGAUCUUUUACAUGCUGGAAGGUCAUCCGAACAAAAAGGCGUGCUUGAGGCCAUGAAAGAUGUAAUUUUGUCAGUAAAAUCGAUAAAUACAAACUUGGAGGAUAACAAAGACAUGGGCAUAUUUAACGAUCCGCAAAAGGGUCCACUUAUUACAAAGUUAAAAUUACGGAUGUCUUCUACCGCCAAUAACUUAAUGGUCGCUUCUAAAAAUCAUGCUCUCAAUAAAGGAUUAAGCCCUAUUAGUCUGCUGGAUGCCGCUGCAUUUCACCUUACAGCCACUAUUAUUGAAUUGGUUAAAAUUGUGAAAUUAAAAGCUUCGGAUGCCACAGACACAUUAGAAAAUAUGAAUGGAAAAUUUAGUGACAUUAAGGAGCCCGCUACAGACACAUCCUCACCAGUACAAUGUAAUUUAAAUACUUUAAAAGAUAAACACACAGAAAUACCACCACAAAAUACAGAUUUCUCCAAUACCUAUUUAAUGAAGCUAGAUACUUCAAAAAUGUCAAAAACCACUGUUUUAAAAACACUACUGGAUUCUGAUUUUGAUGACAACUUGCAAGACUUUAAGAACUUUUUAGAAAAACAGACGGAAGACAUUGUUGAGCUAAUACAGGGUCUUCUUUCAUCAAUAAGGGCUGAUGCUCAAAUAAAAAAAUUAAAAGAACACAUGACAAAAGUGAUAACAAUCGUUCAAAGUGUCGUUUCCAAAACUUUUCAAGUCAUAGCAAUAGAAAAAGAUGAAAAUCUGCGGGAAAAAAUAUCAAGAAUCGUAAACGGAUUGAUGAAUUGUUGCUCUCGAUUCGAAGAACUCCUCAGCGAUAAAAUCGAAAAUAUCAGCAUCGACAAAUCGUUCAAACAAAACUUGGCCGGAAUAGCUUUCGACAUUGCUAAACAAACAAAGGAGCUUGUAAGAACAAUCAACGGCGAAAACGAGAACACAUAA